GAAGGGAAGAUUCAGGGAGACCACGGAAUCCAAGCGUGGAGUCUGUUCAGAGCUGGUGGACCAGGUCCUUUUGCUUCCAACGUCCAGUGCCAACAGUACCAUAUUCACCUGACUUCGGAUUAUUUUGAUGGGAACGUUGCUUGGAAGUAAUUUCGCUGGAGCCCAGGAUUGACUCUUUCUGCAGCUGGAUUAAUUUUUCCUUUGGCUUGGAUGUAAUCUAAUUGCCGACAAUGGGGCCACUCCACAACCUCAAGGGAAUGCUGUGUUUGCCGUGGGGUCUCCCCUGAAGCUUCUGCAAAGGGGUCUAAUUUGCCAUUUUCUUCUGCUGUGGACUAUGAGGAGUGGAUGAUCUCUGCCCCAAGGUGGUCUCCCCAGGAGUAGGGGAGCCAUGCCCUGCCAACGGCGGCCGUGGUCAACCAGCGACACGCCGAGAGAGGACCUCUUCUACCAAACAUAUUACAGCCUGAGCCAACAAUACCCCCUGAUCCUCCUCCUCCUGGUUAUCGUCUUGGGCAUCUGCGUGGCUCUUAUCGUCACUUCUUUUGCCAGUGGGAGGGAAUUCUCCUCCAACCUGGACUUCCUGGUGACCUUAUUUGUCGCCCUUGUGGUCUUCAUUCUCAUCCUGGUCCUUGUGUGCAUUGAAAACCUCUUCCAGCGAUGUACCCGGAUCUUCUCGGCCAUCAUUUGGACCUGCCUGAUCACCAUGGGCUACGUCUUUGUCUUCACAGGCGGGGAGGUUAGAGCCUGGGACCAGGUUUCCUUCUUCCUUUUCAUCAUCUUCAUCGUUUACACCAUGUUGCCUGUGGGCAUGGAGGAUGCAGUGGCCGCUGGCAUAGUCACUUCUCUCUCCCACAUCAUAGUCCUGACAGUCUAUCUCUCAAUGGAGCCUGGCUCACAGUUGGACUUGGCACUGCAACUCCUGGCCAAUCUAUUUAUUUUUAUCUGUGGCAAUUUCGUGGGUGCGUUCCACAAGCAUCUAAUGGAAGUGGCCUUGGGAGAGACGUUCCAUGAGACCUUCAACCUCAUCCAAUCCCGAGUCAAGCUGGAAUCAGAGAAACAGCACCAGGAACACCUUCUCCUCUCCAUACUUCCUGCCUAUAUUGCCUUGGAGAUGAAGGCUGAGAUCAUUGAGAGGCUGCGGGAUGGGGGCCAGGCACAACGCCAACGUGAGAGCACCAAUAACUUCCACAAUCUCUAUGUGAAGCGCCACCAGAAUGUCAGUAUUCUUUAUGCUGACAUUGUUGGCUUCACUCUUUUGGCCAGUGAAUGCUCCCCCAAAGAGCUAGUCCUUAUGCUCAAUGAACUCUUUGGCAAGUUUGAUCAGAUUGCUAAGGAUAAUGAAUGCAUGAGGAUCAAGAUCUUGGGUGACUGCUACUACUGUGUCUCUGGGCUGCCCGUGUCACUUCCUAACCAUGCCCGAAACUGUGUCAAGAUGGGCCUUGAUAUGUGCCAGGCCAUAAAGAAGCUGCGUGAUGCCACUGGGGUGGACAUCAACAUGAGAGUUGGAGUCCAUUCGGGAAAUGUGCUGUGUGGGGUGAUCGGUCUCCAAAAAUGGCAGUACGAUGUCUGGUCUGAUGAUGUGACAUUAGCCAAUCACAUGGAAGCUGGAGGUGUGCCAGGGAGGGUCCACAUCACAGAGGCCACUUUGUCACACCUGGGUGGUGUAUAUGCCGUGGAGGAUGUGUGUUGCUGGCAACGGGAUUCGUACCUAAAAGAGAACAAGAUCAGAACCUUUUUGGUCAUUGAUCCCAGGGCUGAAGAAGUAAGCUGCACCGGAACCCUUUCACCUGCCCCAGGUGAGUGCUACAAGAUGAGGGCCUCGGUCCGGAUGACCCGCUACCUGGAGUCCUGGGGUGCAGCCAAGCCCUUUGCCAAUCUCAAGCAGCGGGACAACCUUCCACCAGAGUCAACAGGAUUCGUUCGGAACAACCACUCGGAGAUUUCUUUGGGGUCCUUGAACCAACAGAGGACCAUGGAAAGAGUCCGUGUCCCCAGGAGCCCAGAUGAAGAGCUAGAAGGAGUGGAUGAGAAGUUCUUCCAACUCAUUGAACAGCUGAACUCACAGAAGCAAUGGAAGAGGUCGGAAGAUUUGAACCGCAUCACGUUGUACUUCAAGGAGCAGACUCUUGAGAAGGAGUACCGUUUCUCAGCACUCCCAUCUUUCAGUUACUACACCGUUUGCACCUUCCUGGUUUUCAUCUCCAACUUCAUCAUCCAGUUCCUCGUGGUUUAUAAGACAGAAGCCUUGGGGAUCUCCUAUGGAAUUUCCUUCUUCAUCUUUCUCCUCCUCCUCCUCACCUGUUUUUCUGGACACUUGGCAAAGUGUUUCUUGAAAGGCCCAAAGAUCUUCUACUGGGUUCCAUCCAUCUCGGCCAGUGUCUGCACCCAGCCAUGGCUGCGGGUCUCUCUCGGCAUCAUCACCAUCCUUGUGGUCCUCACCAUGGCUGUUCUGAAUUUGUUCUUUAUGCCAGAGGCCUUGUGUCAUUCAAAACCUCAAAAUUUCACCCUAGAUGGUAUGAACAUCACACAAGAAUUUAUUCCCGCCGACAACCUCUUCUGUGUUCCAUACUACAUCUACUGUUGUAUCUUGGGGUUCCUCUCAUGUUCCCUCUUCCUGCACAUGAACUUUGAGCUCAAGCUGACCAUGUUGGUGCUCUGCCUCAUCAUCUACAAUGUGUUGUUCCUUCAGACCCACUCCUGGCUCUCUGAUUGCUAUGUUUCCUUCCUGUAUCCCAAUCAGACAGCUCUCAGGCCCGGCGUGCUGAAGGAACCCAAGGUGAUGGGAGCAUUCUCAUUCUUUGUCUUCUUCUUCACACUCUUGGCUUUGGCGAGGCAGAAUGAGUAUUAUUGCCGCUUAGAUUUCCUUUGGAAAAAGAAGUUCAAGAAAGAACGUGAGGAGAUCGAAACCAUGGAGAACCUCAACCGUGUUUUGCUGGAGAAUGUGCUGCCAGCUGAUGUUGCACAGCAGUUCAUCCGCCAGAACCGGCGCAAUGAGCAGGAUUUGUAUCACCAGUCUUACGAUUGUGUCUGUGUUCUCUUCGCUUCCAUACCGGAUUUCAAAGAAUUCUACUCAGAAUCCAAUGUCAACCAUGAAGGACUUGAGUGCCUUCGUCUGCUUAAUGAGAUCAUUGCUGACUUUGAUGAGCUUCUCCUGAAGCCCAAGUUCAGUGGAGUUGAGAAGAUCAAAACCAUUGGGAGCACAUACAUGGCAGCUACUGGCUUGAACAUGGCUGCUGGCCAGGAUAACCAACAGGAUGUGGAUCGGAGCUACACCCACUUGGGAACGAUGGUGGAGUUUGCCAUGGCUUUGGUGGCUAAGCUAGACAUCAUCAACAAACACUCUUUCAACUGUUUCAAGCUUCGUGUGGGCAUGAAUCAUGGCCCAGUUGUAGCUGGAGUGAUUGGAGCUCAGAAACCCCAGUAUGAUAUUUGGGGGAAUACGGUGAAUGUGGCCAGCCGGAUGGAGAGCACAGGUGUGCUGGGGAAGAUACAGGUCACAGAAGAAACAGCGAAAUCCUUGGAGACCCUGGGUUAUGCUUGCUGUUUGCGUGGCAUUAUCAAGGUGAAGGGCAAAGGUCAGCUGCGGACAUACUUUGUGAAUACAGACAUGGCUCGACCUGGAUCCCAAGGGCCAAUGCUGAGCUGACUCCUACUGAAUGAAACUGUGGCCUGCACUAAACGCUUGCGGGCUAGACAUUUCUUGUGAAUGGUUGCAGCCCUUCCUCGUGGCACUUGAGGGCAGCACAGGACUUGAGUGACCUCUCUCGCCUGCGAUUUCAUGCAAGCCUUUGUGUUCCAUACUUGGUUUGUGGUCACUACCAUAAUGAAAUGUCAGGAGGCAAUGAAGACAUGUCAACAUGCAUUUCAUACAUAAGAUAAGUGACAGAGGAACUAAAGAGGAAAUUGCCUCUCCUGAGGACAACCUUACCACCAGUGGAAGCCUUGGCCAGUGUGCCUCCAUGUUUUUUUCCUGUUACGAAAAUAGGUAUGGAAAUAAUAUUUGUAAAUUUUUUUUUAAAAUGCUUGAAAGACAUUUUUUUCGAGUGUGGAGAAACUACCGAGAAGAAUCCUAGACUGAAAAGUAUAUUUGGAUUUUAUUCAGAACAGAAAUCAGCAUUUUCUGUGCAGGAUAAAGCAUUUUCGUCAUGGAAAAUAAUAUUUGAACACAGAAAUAUUUAUCCCUUCAGAAAAAGCAAAUUGAUCCCAUAUGAAUUUUAUGCAGAAUAAAUCCCCAAUUACAACAUUUUCUGCAAUGCUGAAACAGCUGGAUGUCCUUAACUAAUUCUAGCACAACAUACCUACCUAGGGCCAAAUAUUCCUACGCAAGGAGGCAAAAGAUGGGAUUCAUUGCCAGAAUCAGUCAUCGAAAGUGUCUCAUGAUGAAUUGAGAUUCCCCCCCCCCCCUUUGCUUGAAAGGAGGAGGAGAAAGAAAAGGAGCCAAGCUGGAUUUACAGAAACUACAACUGGUGUAUAUAAAUUCGUGAAGGAUUAAAUGGUUUUACCUAUUCUAUUUGUAGAUAAUAACAUGUUGUAUGUGAUUAUUCUCAUGGUUUUGGUUUGACUUUGCUCUGACUUCAUCGAUACUUGGGGAACUGUCGGCAUUUGCUAUUCAGGCACAGCAAUGCUUGGGAUGUGAAUAUGUCACCCUUCCUACCAUUUUUAUUGC